UUUUUACUAAACUCAUCGCCUUCUACUCUCUCUGCUUUCCAAAAAGUUGAAAUCUCAACCGCGAACCAAGCUUUUCGCUUCAGUUUGUUGCCGCUCUCUUAUCUUUCGUUCCAUACGUGCAAACCAAACCCUAGCUCUUUCAAAUCUCACUUCUCUCUUUCGAAUCUCGUAAGGUGCAGAGCUCAGUGCUAUUCACCAAUCUCAGAUCUGUUAAUUUAGAAACUCGAUUUAAAGCGGUUGGAGGCUUGGAGCUGGUGUUUGAAUUUUCUUUUAUUUUUUAGGGAUUCAAGGGCGUUGAUUUGACACGAAUCUCGAGUGAAUUCGGACGAAAAUUCAAGUCGGACACCAGUUUCUUCGUGAAUGCUGUGUGGUAGUCUGGAUUACCUGGUGGUUACCACGUUUGGAUUCGCAGAGUCUCUGUUCUCUGAUUUUGAUGGGAGAAGAAGCGGCUUGUAUGCAAACAUUGGAAGAUGGAAGGAGGGAAAACAAUGAAGAAUCAAGGACGGAACUGAAGCGGGACUACCACCCAUGCGUUGCUGAUACUGAGCCUGACCUGUUCCCGAAUAAGAAACAAGCAAAAGAAGUUUCGAACGAUGAAGUGCGCUCUGAGGUUUCCAACCCCAACGUUUCUGCAACAGAACAUGCGCUAACUUUUCAAGAUAUCAGUAGCCAACCGACUGAAUCCGCGAAUGUUAACCAAACAGAGUGUGGAGAACUAACGUCUACUUGUUUGGAGAAUUCAAGUUCUGAUGAGACCUUGAGUGAUGAAGCCGGUGUUCAGAAUAAUAAUAGUAAUAAUAAUAAUACUUGUCAGAAUGAUAAGGACACAAGUAGCGCCGCAAUGACGUCCCGUGUUGUGCUUGAAAUUCCCAAGCAUGCUAGUUCGUCUGGUAUCAGAAAGAUCACUUUUAAGUUCAGUAAAAAGAAGGAGGACUAUGGUUAUCAACCGCGUGCUCCAAACAACUAUGGCUUUCAUGGCGAUGAUGAAGAAUAUUUGGCAAAGGAUGAUUGCAAUAGUGGGAUGUUGGAGAGCUCGUGUGGUUUGUACGCUCGCAAUAUGGAAUUGAAAAUGUCAAAGAAAGUAGUCCCCAACUACUACCCUACAAAUGUCAAAAAACUGUUAUCAACUGGUAUCCUUGACGGAGCUAUCGUGAAAUAUAUUUACAACCCUGGAAAGGUGGAGCUACCUGGGGUUAUUGCUGGCGGCGGAUAUUUGUGUGGCUGUUCAGUGUGCAAUUACUCCAGAGUGCUUAGUGCGUAUGAGUUCGAGCAGCAUGCUGGUGCCAAGACUAGACAUCCAAAUAAUCAUAUAUUCCUAGAAAAUGGAAGACCAAUAUAUAGUAUUAUACAGGAAAUAAAAACUGCUCCACUCAGCUUACUAGAUGAGGUUAUAAAGAAUGUGGCUGGUUCAUCUGUCAACGAAGAGUCCUUCCAGGUUUGGAAAGAAAGUCUUCUACAAAGCAACGGGAGGGCUCAGGCUUAUAAAAAUUAUACCACCAAGGUUAUUGGCAUACCUCAUACAAACAUAAGUCAAUCUGGAGAAAGUGAGAGUCACUUGUCGUCUUUGCAUGUGCCAAGUCAUUUUGAGCAGUCAAUGUAUGUGAAGCAGACAACUGAUGAGUGGAAACGUGUGGUGAAGAAGCCAAGCUCCUGCACUUCUAACUCAGGUGUACUGCUGAAGAAAAGUUCUGAUGGUUGCACUAAGAGAAGGGACAACGAUUUACACAGGUUACUUUUUAUGCCAAAUGGACUACCAGAUGGUGCUGAGUUGGCUUACUAUGUCAAAGGACAGAAAUUACUUGGAGGUUACAAGCAGGGAAAUGGUAUAGUCUGUGCUUGCUGUGACAUAGAGAUAAGCCCUUCACAGUUUGAAGCCCAUGCUGGAAUGGCUGCUAGACGUCAACCUUACCGGCACAUAUAUACCUCCAAUGGAUUAACACUUCAUGAUAUAGCUCUCUCUUUGGCAAAUGGUCAAAACCUUACCACUGGAGAUAGUGAUGAUAUGUGUGCAGUGUGUGGAGAUGGAGGAGAUUUGCUUCUUUGCAAUGGAUGCCCUAGGGCCUUUCAUGCAGCCUGCUUGGGUUUAAAUUGUGUUCCAGAAAGUGGUUGGCAUUGUCUAAAUUGUAGAGAUAAUGCUGGUAAUGGAAGAGAAUCUUGUAUUGGGAGGCCAAUCAUGAUACGGUUGACUCGGGUUGAUAAAGCACCAGAGAUUGAAAUGGGUGGAUGUGUUGUUUGCAGGGAAAAUGAUUUCAGUGUUGCUAAAUUUGAUGAUCGAACAGUGAUAAUUUGUGACCAGUGUGAGAAGGAGUAUCAUGUUGGUUGCUUGCGGAACAUUGGGCUUUGUGAGUUGGAAGAGCUACCCAAGGAUAAGUGGUUUUGUUGUGAUGACUGCAAUCGAAUAUAUGUGGCUCUACAGAAUUCAGUUUCUGCUGGAGCAGAACUUAUACCUGCUUGCUUGUCUGAACUAAUAAUCAGGAAGCAUGAGGAUAGGGGAUUAUGUACCUAUGGAGGCAAGAAUGAUAUCCGGUGGAGAAUUUUAAGUGGAAAAAGUCGUUAUCCAGAGCAUUUACCAUUACUUUCACGGGCCGCUGCAAUAUUUCGAGAGUGUUUUGAUCCCAUUGUUGCGAUAUCUGGUCGUGACCUGAUUCCUGUUAUGGUCUAUGGGAGAAAUAUUUCUGGUCAAGAAUUUGGAGGCAUGUAUUGCAUUGUUUUAAUUGUGAAUUCUGUUGUAGUAUCUGCUGGGCUUCUUAGGAUAUUUGGCCGUAAUAUUUCUGAGCUUCCACUGGUAGCUACAAGCAGAGAACAUCAAGGAAAAGGUUAUUUUCAAGUGUUGUUCUCUUGCAUAGAGAGGUUGCUAUCUUCUCUAAAUGUAGAAAAGCUGGUGCUUCCUGCAGCAGGGGAUGCUGAGUCAAUUUGGACUAAGAAAUUAGGCUUCCGAAAGAUGAGUGAAGAUCAGUUAUCUAAAUGUCUUAGAGAGGUGCAGCUAACCCUCUUCAAUAAAACUUCAUUGCUGGAGAAGACAGUGCAGCUGGCGACAGAAUGAUGCUUUAUCUGGUGUUGUAACUAGUUUUUACGUUAUUUAUUCAUUUUUUAGCAUUUGCGUAACUGUAACAUUGCUGCUUUGUUCUUGCUCUUAGCUUUAUUGUUCUUGCUUUUCUUAGUUUUUUUUUUUUUUUUUGGAGUAUGGGUGGUUGUGGAUGGGUCUUUGGAUGGCCGCCAGCCAUGUCUCUUUCUUUUUGUACAAUGUAGGAUAAAGAGUAAGCGUGGGAAACGGGAACGUGGGCUAAAAGGAUAGAAUUAGAAGCGUUGAAAUAUGGAGCAUGCUGACCAAUUUUUUUUAUUAGCAUGCAUGUCAGCUAUAUAAUCUUAACUGUAUUGAAUUUUUUUUUUUUCCCAAAAAAAAUGGUGUAUCUUCAUGGCGAAUUAAAGUUCAUGAUUUUUGGCUCGUUUUGGAAUUUACAAACCACGACGAAUUGACUGUUGGCUGUUUGUACUGCUGUAAACCAACUAUUUGCUUGAUAAUGUCACGCGAAU